AUGUCACCUACAAAGACUCCCACCUGUACACAGGCUCCCACCUGCACAAAGGCUUCCACCUGUACACAGGCUCCCACCUGUACAAAGGCUUCCACCUGUAAACAGGCUCCCACCUGUGCAAAGGCUUCCACCUGUACAGAGGCUUCCACCUCUACACAGACUCCCACCUGCGCAAAGGUUUCCACCCAAAACAAAGACUCCCAUAUGCACAAAGGCUUCCACCUGGACAGAGGUGUCCACCUGUACAAAGGCUUCCACCUGUACACAGACUUCCGCCUGUACAAAGGCUCCCACCUGUACAACGGCUCUCACCUACAGGCUCCCAACUGCACAAAUGCUUUCACCUGCUGCUGGAGUGGUGAUUUCUGUGAUGUAUUCUACUGUCGAUUUUUUCCUCUCCAGGCUAACACAGACAUUUUGGUGGGGGUAAAAGCUGACAUGGGUCAGCCCACUGCUGAUAGGCCUAAUCAGGGCCGACUGGAAUUCUUUGUGGACUGCUCAGCAAACGCCACUCCCGAGUUUGAAGGCUGAGGUGGGGAAGAAUUAGCCACAGAAAUCAGCAACACGCUAGCACGAGCGUAUGACACAGCCACAAGCUUAGACCUGAACUCUUUAGUAAUUAUUCCAGGGCAGCAGUGUUGGGUCCUGUACGUGGAUAUCGUGUUACUGGAAUGUGGUGGGAAUCUCUUUGACGCAGUUUCAAUAGCCGUAAAAGCUGCCUUAUAUAACACUAAAAUCCCUAAUGUGACUGUAUCUGAGGAAGAAGGGCACACAGAACUGGAGAUCUGUGAUGAUCCAUACGAUGUCAAACGUCUGAAUGUUGUCUCCUCCCCUGUUCUCAUCACACUCAGUAAGAUUGGGAACUGCCAUUUGGUAGAUGCCAGUCAGAAGGAAGAGUCGUGCUGUCUGGCCAGAGUUAUAAUGGGAAUAACAGACAAAGGUACAGUGACAGCCCUAAAGAAGGAAGGAUCAGGAAGCCUACACCCUGAUAGUGUCUUGGAUAUGAUGGAGUCUGGAAAGCGGGUUGGACAGGCAUUAAACAAGAGAUUAUUGGAAGUUUUGAAAGACGAAGAGAAACUAGGCAGCAAGAAACACACCAUGGGUUUUUUGAAGUGACCCGACAUUUGUCAGAAUAGGACUAGACAUCUUAUGUAAGGAGACUUGGAAAACAAUUGCCCUAUGAUGAUGGGGCAGUGAAAUGCCAUGAAUUCGUGUGUUGGCCCGUCAUGGACAUGCUUGUUGGAGGGGAUGAAAAUGCCAGACUAACAGCAAGACAAGAUGCAGGGAUCAUUUGACAUGCCAAUAGCAGUCAGAAUUUAAAGGCAGUGAUUCCAUGCCCCCGCUAAUGAAUGAGAAUGUAUGGGUAGUUCUACAGUUCAAUUUACUCCAAAGGCAGAUAUAAACUUCCUUUGUCUAAUGACUAACUACUACCAGUCAUUAACUCAUUCAUUCUUCAGACAAUUUGCCCCAUAUUAGUCAUGUCAAAGACAUGUACAAUAAAAUGGACUU